AUGGCCACUGGAAAUUCCGAUGCAGUAGUGUGCCCAAAAUUCAUCGACGCAUCGUUUAUGCCACCAAGAGAUGGCUUCAUCACCCCCACCACGGGUUACGCAACCACGGCGAAUUAUACAACAAGGAGGUUUGUAUUCGAGGCAUCAAAAAUAGCUGUUCUUAAAGAAAAAACUGCCGGAGAAAAUGAGCAGAACUACCCUACUCGUGUUCAAGCAGUGUCUGCGUUUAUCCUCAAACGCACCAUAGCUGCGGCUCGACUGAAAUCGGGGUCCGAAACGCCAACUGUCUAUCUACAGACAGUGGACUUGCGCAGAUGGGUAGACCCACCAUUGCUGAAAAACUCCAUAGCUCAUUUCGUUUGGACACAUCCUGUAAUCAUCGAAGAGAGCGACAUAGAAUUACCAGACUUAGUAAGCAAAAUCAAGGAAAGAUUCACUGAAUUCUGCACGAAAACGGCGAACAGAUUCAAGGGUGAUGAAGCUUUUCAAGUGAUUCGCGAGUCGCUUGAAGAGUACAGUGAAUUGUUCAAGAGCCCAACUAUUAGUUGUACAAGUUGGUGCAAAUUUCCAUUGUACGAAACGGAUUUUGGAUGGGGAAAACCAACAUGGGUAAGUAGUCCAGGAAAUCAAUUUGGGAACUUAAUUCUUUUGGUAGAUACAAAGUGUGGGACUGGUAUAGAAGCUUGGGUGACCUUGGAUGAAGAAGAGAUGGCAAUCUUGGAACAUGAUGAGGAGCUCCUAGAAGCUGCUUCCUUCAACCCUAGUCCUCUUGAAGAACAAUGUUUAAUCUUCCCAUCUAAAACUGCUUGA